GCCGACGCCCCGGCGGGACCCCUUCGGCCCCGGGUGCUUCCUCCAGACAGCCGCCCCGGGAAGCGGCGCUGCGAACCCGCCACGGCCUCCCCCUUCCGCGGACAAGGGAUGUGUGCGUGUGUGCGUGGUCCGCGCGCCGCCCUGAUUGUCAGUGUGCGGACCCUGCUACCGCCUCCCUCCCCGGGGGCGGUCAGGGUCUGAGGAGCAUCCGGCCGGAGGGGCGGCGUGGGGGGGGAUCCAGGCAGGCUGGCUGGGGCGGGUGAGUCUGGGCUAGCAGGAUCCCGGGUUGUCCGUACCCGGGCUGGAGGCGAGGGAGCUGGUUCCAGCUACGAGAGGGGUUAAGGGUUGCAUUGAAGAGGCUCGGGUUUCCUUUCCUGUCUCUUGGCGACGUCUGGAACUGAGUAUAUGCUGGAAGAAAGGUGAAAAUGAGUUCUUCAGUAAGAAGAAAAGGCAAGCCAGGCAAAGGAGGUGGGAAAGGGUCGUCUAGAGGAGCCAGAGGAGGCAGGAUUCACACCAAUAAAUCGCACGGGGGCGGCGGCGGCGGUGGUGGUGGCAGCGCUGGCAAUCGGAAGGCCUCAAGUAGAAUUUGGGAUGAUGGUGAUGACUUUUGUAUCUUCAGUGAAUCAAGGCGCUCAUCCAGACCUAGCAACAGUAGCGUAAGAAAAGGAGAAGCACGCCCCAGAUGGAAGCCCGAAGCCAAAGUGCCCCUUCAGACCCUGCACAUGACUUCUGAGAACCAGGAGAAAGUGAAAGCUCUUCUCCGGGACCUGCAGGAGCAAGACGCAGAUGCUGGAUCUGAAAGAGGCAUUUCCGGGGAGGAGGAAGAUGAUGAGCCUGAGUGUGAUGAUGAACAGUACUGGUCUGCUGGACGAGAAGCUUCCCUUGUUCCUGACUGUGACCCUUUGGAAUAUGCUGGCUCAGGCCCAGUGGAGCCUCAGAGUCCAGAGUUUACCGUCUCAACAUUUGCAGUGCAGAAGCUUUCCAGGUACGGCUUCGACACCGAGCGCUGUCAGGCAGCCCUGAGGCUCUGUGAUGGAGAUGUCGGGGCAUCACUAGAACAUCUGCUCACACAGUGUUUUUCAGAGACAUUUGGGGAGAAGAUGAAGAGCUCGGAGGCAGUUGCCCAUGUCAGCUUGGAUGAGUGUGUGGAACAGCGUCAGGAAGAGGCAUUUGCUCUCAAGUCCAUCUGUGGAGAGAAAUUUAUAGAAAGAAUUCAGAACCGAGUCUGGACCAUUGGAUUAGAACUGGAGUACUUGACGAGUAAAUUCUGCAAAUCCAAGCAAAGGGAAAGUACCAAAAAUACACAGGACGCUACACUUGAAGUCUGUAAAUUUUACCUCAAAGGAAAUUGUAAAUUUGGAUCAAGAUGCAAAUUCAAACAUGAAGUGCCCCCAAAUCAGAUUGUCGGAAGAGCGGAAAGAAUUGUAGAUGAUUCUCAUCUUAAUGCCCACGAAGAUGCCUCUUUUUUAUAUGAACUCGAAAUUCGAUUUUCUAAAGACCACAAAUACCCUUACCAAGCUCCUCUUGUGGCAUUUUAUUCCACGAAUGAGAAUCUACCUCUGGCUUGUCGUUUACAUAUUUCUGAGUUCCUUUAUGGCAAGGCCUUGACAUUUGCAGAAACUUCAGAACCUGUUGUGUAUUCUUUGAUAACCCUUUUAGAGGAAGAAUCAGAAAUAGUCAAUUUACUGACAAAUACCCAUCACAAGUACAGUGUCCCUCCUGUGAACUUUCUGCCAGUAUCCUCUGGGACCAGAAUAAAUAAUCCUGUCUGUCGUAAACCAGUGAUUCCAAAUAAUUCUUUUGCUUCAAAUCAAAUUCCUGAAGUUGAAAAAGAAUCAGAACCUGAGGAGGAAACAGAUGAGGAUGAAGGUCCUGCACCAGUUAUAGUGGAGAAUGAAAGCUAUGUGAACCUUAAGAAAAAGAUUUCCAAAAGAUAUGACUGGCAGGCAAAAUCAGUACAUGCUGAAAAUGCUAAAAUCUGCAAGCAGUUCCGAAUAAAACAGGCUUCCAGACAGUUCCAGUCAAUUCUGCAAGAAAGACAAUCACUCCCUGCUUGGGAAGAAAGAGAAACCAUUCUUAAAUUGUUGAGCGAGCACCAAGUGCUCAUUAUAAGUGGUAUGACGGGAUGUGGGAAAACUACACAGAUUCCUCAGUUUAUUCUGGAUGAUUCUCUGAAUGGACCGCCUGAGAAAGUGGCUAACAUCAUCUGUACCCAACCCCGACGAAUUUCAGCAAUAUCUGUUGCUGAACGUGUUGCUAAAGAAAGGACAGAAAGAGUGGGUCUGACUGUGGGGUACCAGAUCCGGCUAGAAAGUGUCAAGUCCUCAGCCACCAGGCUGUUAUACUGCACCACGGGCGUGCUGCUGAGAAGGCUGGAAGGAGACACAGCUCUCCAAGGAGUCACCCAUAUCAUCGUUGAUGAAGUUCAUGAGAGGACAGAAGAAAGUGACUUCUUGCUGCUAGUCUUGAAGGACAUUGUGUUGCAGAGACCAACUCUUCAAGUUAUUCUAAUGAGUGCAACUUUAAAUGCUGAGCUCUUUUCAGAAUAUUUCAAUUCCUGCCCAGUUAUUACUAUACCAGGUCGUACAUUUCCUGUUGAUCAGUUUUUUCUGGAAGAUGCAAUUGCUGUGACAAGGUACGUGUUACAGGACGGGAGCCCGUAUAUGCGCUCCGCGAAGCAGAUGACAAAGGAAAAGCUGAGAGCAAGGCGCAGCAGAACUGCAUUUGAAGAAGUAGAGGAAGACCUAAGGCUCUCUCUCCAUCUCCAGCCCCAGGAUUCUGUCAAAGAUGCAGUGCCAGACCAGCAGUUAGAUUUCAAGCAGCUCCUGGCCCGCUAUAAAGGGGUUAGCAAAUCAGUCAUCAAAACAAUGUCCAUCAUGGAUUUCGAAAAGGUUAAUCUUGAAUUAAUAGAGGCCUUGUUAGAGUGGAUUGUAGAUGGAAAGCACUCCUACCCUCCAGGUGCCAUACUUGUAUUUUUACCGGGACUAGCAGAAAUAAAAAUGCUGUAUGAACAGCUACAGUCUAAUUCUCUCUUCAACAACAGACGCAGUCAUCGAUGUGUGGUACACCCACUUCAUUCAUCUUUAUCCAGUGAAGAGCAGCAGGCGGUGUUCGUAAAACCCCCUGCCGGUGUAACCAAGAUCAUCAUUUCCACCAACAUUGCAGAGACAUCCAUAACCAUCGACGAUGUUGUCUAUGUCAUCGAUUCCGGGAAAAUGAAAGAGAAGAGAUAUGAUGCCAGCAAAGGGAUGGAGAGCCUAGAAGAUACUUUCGUCUCUCAAGCCAAUGCUCUGCAGAGGAAAGGUCGAGCAGGCCGUGUUGCCUCUGGGGUCUGCUUCCACUUAUUCACCAGCCAUCACUUCAAUCACCAGCUGUUAAAGCAACAGCUUCCAGAGAUUCAAAGAGUGCCGUUGGAGCAGCUAUGUCUGAGAAUUAAAAUUUUAGAGAUGUUUAGCACUCACAAUCUCCAGUCUGUGUUCUCUCGGCUCAUUGAGCCGCCGCACACUGACUCUCUCCGCGCCUCAAAAAUACGAUUACGAGACUUAGGAGCAUUAACUCCAGAUGAAAAGCUGACCCCCCUAGGGUAUCACUUGGCCUCUCUGCCCGUGGAUGUGAGAAUCGGCAAACUGAUGCUGUUUGGGUCUAUCUUCCGCUGUCUGGAUCCUGCCCUCACCAUUGCUGCCAGUUUGGCUUUUAAGUCUCCUUUUGUGUCUCCCUGGGAUAAAAAGGAGGAAGCUAACCAGAAAAAGCUAGAAUUUGCAUAUGCAAACAGUGACUAUCUGGCUCUUCUACGAGCAUAUAAGGGAUGGCAGCUAAGUACAAAAGAAGGAAUGCGUGCAAGUUACAAUUACUGCAGACAGAACUUCUUGUCUGGAAGAGUUCUUCAGGAAAUGGCCAGCCUCAAACGACAAUUCACUGAACUGUUAUCAGAUAUAGGCUUUGUCAAGGAGGGACUCAGAGCAAGGGAAAUUGAGAAAAGAGCCCAAGGAGGAGACGGUAUCUUGAACGCCACAGGAGAAGAGGCAAACUCAAAUGCUGAGAACCCCAAGCUGAUAUCAGCAAUGCUGUGUGCUGCUCUUUAUCCAAAUGUAGUGCAGGUGAAAAGCCCAGAAGGGAAAUUUCAGAAGACCAGUACCGGAGCUGUCAGAAUGCAGCCCAAAUCAGAGGAGCUGAAGUUUGUCACCAAGAACGAUGGCUAUGUGCACAUCCACCCUUCAUCGGUGAACUAUCAGGUCAGACACUUUGACAGCCCCUACCUGGUGUACCACGAAAAGAUCAAAACUAGUCGGGUGUUCAUUCGAGACUGCAGUGUGGUGUCCGUGUACCCACUGGUCCUGUUCGGGGGAGGCCAAGUGAGCGUGCAGCUUCAGAGAGGGGAGUUUAUUGUGUCCUUGGAUGAUGGUUGGAUCCGAUUUGCGGCUGCUUCGCAUCAGGUGGCCGAAUUAGUAAAGGAACUCCGUUGUGAACUUGACCAGCUCCUCCAGGAUAAGAUAAAAAACCCAAGCAUAGAUCUGUGUACAUGUCCUCGAGGAUCCCGGAUCAUCAGCAUGAUUGUGAAACUUGUCACCACACAAUAAAGUCCAGUCUCAGGAGAGUGCUUGCUCUUCCCCUGCUUCUCGCUCACCUGGGCAAUAACAGCAGCACCUCUCCCUCCAGGCAGGCUCCGCUCUCUGGGCUGCCCCAGAGAAGGAGCCCAGGGCAGGCACCGCACAGGCCCUGAGGCACCGCACACCUUUAGGGAAGGUUCCCAGACGGAGUAUUUCUGACAGAACAAGGACACUCCCAGCACAAUUUGGAGUGUCCAUGUGAGGCAGUCUAAAAAACCGGCUUGCCUGUCUUUUUCUCUGUGACUAUCCCGAAAUGAAUGAAAUUCACCUCAUCAUACAAAAGUGAAUGUUGAAUCUCGAUUCGGUUUUAAUUUAUGUAUUUUUUUUCUAUUUACAUGAGGAGAAAUACUGAAAUUUUUUCUGUUGUAAAAGCUCAUCUGAAAGAAGUUAGAAUAGAGAAGGACAAAAAAUCAUGUAAGCAAGAAAAAUUAAGAUUUCAUUUUAGGCUAUUAGCUACGAAGUAAACUUAAACUUGAUAUGUGAGGGAUUUUUAUUUUACUCAUUAAAGGUCAGCCUAAAAGACCUGAAGAGCUCUUAUUUGUUGUUAAAAUGCAAGCUGGUUUUAUCCUUACCAUUCUUCUUCUUAGAAGCAGAAGAGUCUAGGUGUCUUUGUUCUGUUUUUGGAUUUCCAUUUAGGAAUCUCUGCUCUUUCUUAGGAACACCCAGAUCUAAUGGCCACAUUGCACAUUACCCAGCAAGGAAUUUUGACGGUCUUCUCCGAGCAGACUUGGCACAGCCGAGGUAGAAAAGAUUGCCAUGCUAGUGUCAGAUUUUCAGCCAUAAAAAUGUCUUCCAGGAGGCUGCUUAUUUUCAACCAAUGGGGAGCUAACAUUUUGAAAAACUAUCAGUACAUUGACAUUUUCUCUAGGCAUUUAUCCAUGUGGCCAAGAAGCAUCGCAGAGAGCUGAGUAGAAAAAAUAUUCUUACGUGUGUGUGGCACUUGGGUAGUCACUGCAGGUUUCAUACCAUAGAUGGAAUUCAGACUAAUCAGCAGAACCACCACAGUGAAGGGAGUUCACUUUUCACAGUAUUAUUUCAGUUAAAUUUUCUAGGCUGUCCAAAAAGGUCAUUGCCCAGCGUGUUUAAGCCUUGGCGCACUCGAAGAGCUUAGACUCUUAAGUAUUGAUUAAAAGGCAUUAAUCAUGUCAUCACUUUAAAUUUAAAAACACGCAUAUGCAUAGCACCUGCUGUAUUCAAAUUCUGACUCGCAGUGGAAACCAGGCUCACGUUACAGAACUGCUCAGGAGAAAUGAAGAAGACCACACUAACCCUCUAAAACAUCUUUUGGAACCAGUUCUACUCUCGUGGUGCUACAGUGGAGCUGAUGUUGGCCGCCCCCCGCCCCCAGAGACAUCUGCCCAAGCCGACCUGCAGCUUUCCACGCGGGUUUGCAGCAGAGCACAUGGUGGGGAGUAAACUGCACAAUUUUCCAUCCUGAGCACUGAGAAAUCGCUCCCCUCAGGGAAGCUAUCCUUGGGCUGGUUACUUGUAGCCACACACAAAUGCACAACUCAUUCCACAGAUGUGCCAGAAUGUGGAAGAGAUCAGGAAGCCUUGACUGAAGACACUGAGUAAGAAAAUCCUCCCUGCCAAAACCAAACUUCUUACACCCCAGCAGUAAAAUUAUGAAGUCAAUGAAGCAGGAUGACUUCACAAUUGAAGGUCAGAAUGCAGUAUGGCAUUUCACGGUGAAAUCAGAUUUCUAAACCCCAGCAAGAUGGUCAGCACUUAAUGUUCAUUUUAUGGAGAAUUCUGUAAAUGUCGUAAAUGUCUGCAGUAUCUGUUUUACUGGAAUCUAGCUAGGGAACAAUAUUGGUAAAGUACUUGCUACAAAAGUAGUCUGCAUUGGGGUUUUGUAAUCUGGGUCUAUGGGGAGUUCUCGGGAAAUGGGAAUAAACAUUCUUGCAGAGGUGGUCCUAGGUUGGCAAAGCACUAGUUCUGCCCUCUUCCUCCUUGAGUUCCGUACCUGAAUAUUACAAUUCAGACUCCCUGACAAGUAAUGAACUUUGGUCUUUAUCGUCCCAUUCUAUUAUUCGGGCAGUUUAACUAAUACGCCAAAGCGCACAGCCUGUGGAUCUGUAUGCAAAUGGUAAAUGUUCUUUUUCCUUUCUAGGCAGUGGUUGGAAUAUGUCCUUAAGAGGUUAUCAUAAAAUAAGACCUUGUGAAAGCACUUUGUAAAAUUAAAAUGUAGCAAAUGUAAGCAAAUUGGGGCCGAGGGUGUGGUUUUCAGAUGUGGCCCAGGCUGGCUUUUUGAGAACUGCACUCUUGUGUUUCUCAAUUGCUGGGCUGAGCUGGGGCGCUCAGGCAUCACACUUGGAGGGUGUCUUGUGGGUAUCACCUAGUUGCCACAUAAAUGAGGAUCCCUGGGGGCGUGAUAAUUAUGCUCACACUGCCAUUAUGCUUAAACAAGCCUAGGCAGAUGUUGGCUCUUUCCUCCUAAGUCAUGCUAGAAUUAAGCAGAAUGCCUAGAGCUUAUUUUCUCCCAAAUGCAAGGGGAAAGUUUGCUUGAAAUUUUUAGCCAGUUAAUAAAUACAGGGUGAUCUAUUGUUUUCAGAAGUUAGAUCUUGAUCGUGAAACUCUGUCAAUACUUGAGUACCCACAGUACAGUGCCUCCGGUGGGAACAAUGUAGAAACAGCUAACACAGUGUAUUGUCCCAGCAAUCGUUUCAGACUGUUCCAGAGUGGCAGGCUUCUUCCAUUCUUUUUAAGUCUCACACGUGUAAAGCUAUAUAAUGACUGUGUAAACCAUUAAUCACAAUGAGGCAUUAACAGGAGAGACUUUUUUUUCUUGCCAUUUCAAAGUUAAUACCCCCAAAACCAUAUAUCAAAGAGAUUGGUCUUCAGUAAGAUUUAUAGCCAAUCACUAAUCCUUAAGGUGCUUUCAAAUCUUAGAUGUCUUAAUGAUUUGCUUUGUCAAAGAACAGAGAAAGAGUUGUGCUGGAAAUCACUCGCCUGAUAUGAGCCACCAGGAGUGAGGGACAUCGAUAUUUCAUAAAGAUACAGGACAGCAGCCCAAACAUGAACUUGUUCCCACAGACAGUUCAUUCUCUCUCUGCCCCAUCUUAGCCCAACAGGGGCCACCCCCACAUUUACUCCUGAGUCAGUUCCAACACAGGGAAUUGAGUAAACAAGCCAGGAGAGAGCUAGGAGGAGAAUGAUUUAGAAUCCAUUUACUGGAUUUCUCCAUCUGCAUUUCAACUUUUUAGGAAAGAAACAAAUUGCAACAAAAGACAGUAGGAGGGGUUGGUUUGAAAAAGCAGCGUCCCAGGGAGAACUGGGGGCUUAUGUCUCAUUCUUGAUUUUGGCUCUGGUCACAAUCUCAGUGUGGUGAUAUCAAGCCCCAAAUUGGGCACUGUGAUCAGCAAAGGCUGCUUGAGAUUCUCUCCCCUUCUCUCCCUCUGCCUGUGCCCCCACUUAUGGGCUCUUUCUCUCUCAGUAAAUAAAUACUUUUUUUAAAAAAAAAGGCAACUUCCCAUAAAUACCAACAAUGUAUUUGAGAUGAUGACCCUGACAUUACAAAUACAAUAUUCCAAAAUAUGGUGUAAUAAUGUAUUUAAUAAACAUUUUCAGCAGAAGCAUUUCAAACUGAGAGGUUUUGUUACUAUUAUUCCUUAUGCAGAAAAAUGCAGUCACUGAUACCUCCUCCAACCUAGGUUUUUACUAAAAUUGGCCUGAAGGAGGUAAUUUCCUUUCAAGUCAAAUGAGCUUAUUUUUAUAAAGGGGAGAUUAUCCCUGGCCGAUUUUCUUCUACAGUGAUUCAAGACAGGAUAACAUAGCCCAAAAGACUCAUUUACUUACUGAGAGUCCCCUUUUAAUAAGUUUUGCCUCAUUCCAUACCUAAGUUUCAAGUGUAUUAAAAGUAUGUGUUAACCAUUCAAGUAAGACUUUAUUUGUCCGUGGAGGUUGAUUAACUAUAAUAUAGGCUCUUACCAUGUACAAAGACUAUAAAGAAGUUUCCUCACAGGAGCAAAUGUGUAUUUUGCUUGUUUUAAACCAGUGGUUCUCAACUGGAGGCAAUUUUGCCCACCAAGGCCCAUUUAGCAACAUCUGGAGAUGUUGUCACAACUGAGGGGGGGAUUGGGAGGUACUCCUGGCAUCCAGGGGUUAGAAGCCAGAGAUGCUGCUGAGUAUCCUACAAUGCACAGAAUCUUCCUCGAACAAAAAAUUAUCCAGUUCAAAAUGUCAGUAGUGCCAAGGUGGAGAGAACCUACUUAAACAAAAUGAGAUAGGUGACUACUUAAAAUGUCUAGCUAUUAGUUACUAAUCAUAUAAAUUACACCCACAGUUGUCUCUGAAAAUUAUGCCUAAAUCAACCCUAAUCAACAUGUACUGUGUGAAUAAGAGCAUAUGAGCCCAUCAUGUUGUUACCAAAUGCAGAGUACUUAAGGUCUGAGGAAAUUAUAUGUACCAAUGGGAAAAGCUAUAUACAGAUGGAUAGGGAUACAGUUACUUUAAAAACAUGUUCUACCAUUAAAUUUCAUUUUUGUAAGUAUCACAUUUUGAAAAUGUGAAAAUAAGUUAAAAUGUGUUUUGAAAAUACAAUUAGUAUGCGACACUAAUACUGUUAACAUUUUCCACUUGCAAAACUCAAGUUCUCACACUUAGGCCCACAUUAGAUAUCUGAAAUACACACACCCUUACUUUAUCAUUCUGUUACCUGAACAGAGUCCAACCUUUGGCCAAUAUUAUAUAACACAAAUAGGGUUUUAAGAAGGGGGAUGGGGGGCGCCUGGGUGGCUCAGUGGAUUAAAGCCUCUGCUUUCGGCUCAGGUCAUGAUCCCAGGGUCCUGGGAUCGAGCCCCACAUCGGGCUCUCCGCUCAGCAGGGAGCCUGUUUCCUCCUCUCUCUCUCUCUCUGCCUGCUUCUCUGCCUACUUGUGAUCUCUGUCUGUCAAAUAAAUAAAUAAAAUCUUAAAAAAAAAAAAAUAAGGGGGAUGGGAAUAUAUAGCUCUAUUGGUGGAUAACUGUAAAAUGUUGAAAUCUAACAUGAAGCCUAAUCAGGAACUGUAAUUUCUAGGUUCAGUAAUCCUCCUACUGUUUGAACUGGGGAAAAAACAACAACAACCACCAAAAAAAAAAAAGUUUAUUUUAGGACUUGAUCAUUAGUAAGAUUACCGGACUGAAAGUCAGAGAUGUGUUAUGAUCUUCAGACAGAUGUCUUUACAAAUAGGGGCCAUGCUAUACCAUAGGCACCAAGGGACAAUCCCAUCUGAGGAGGAAACUAAUCCAUUCAUUAUAGACCCAGCACAAAAUAAUCCAUAAUUAUAGACGUUUCUGUUAAUGCCGCCCUUCUGUCUCUGAAAUUCACCUGUGCACUUUCCCAUUUAAACUCCAGCUGUCCCCAUUAUUUCUGGUCCAUAAAUCUUUAUACCAUACUUUCCACAGUAAGCAUGGCUAAGACGGAUUAAUGGAAGCAUGCAAUCUGAUUAGUUAACAAGGAGGCUGAUUGUCCAGUUUAUAACUAAUGUGUGCUACGUGGCUAGUUUGAGACCCAUUUUGGGGUUGCAGAAAUUCCUCCCACAUUUAUGCUCUUAAUUUCAACAUAACCAACAUUUUAAGCAGGUGCUAUGUGCCGGCCACCCUAGGAACCCAGGAUACAAAGAUAAACUGGGACACAGGAAAGAGGACAAUAGAGGAAUAAAGUUUACUUGAAUAAACUCUAUCAGGAGCAUAAUUAACCCCUCACCUUUGAAGGUUUUAAAGAAACUAGAUCCCUAUAUGUUGAAAUUAAAACAAAGCAUACUAAUGGCUUUGACCAAGUCUUAAUUCUUUUUAAGGAUCUCAUCUCAUUCAGCAAUUAGAUGUGCUUUUUUUUAAAAGAUUUUAUUAAUUUACUUGAGAAAGAGCAAGUGAGAGUGAGCAUGAGUGUGGGGGAGGGCCAAAAGGAGCAGAAGAGUGACAAGCAGACUUCCUGCUAAGCAGGGAGCCCAAUGUGGGUCUCGGUCCCAGAGUCCUGGCAUGACCUGAGCUGAAGGCAGAUUUUUUUUUUAAAGACCUUAUUUAUUUGACAUAGCAAGAGAGCACAAGCAAGGGGAGCAGCAGAGGAAAAAGCUGGCUCCCCGCUAAGCAGGGAGCCUGACUCAGGGUCCUAGCUCAGGACCCUGGGAUCGUGACCCACUGUAUUUGGGAGGCACCUGGGUGGCUCACUUGGUUAAGUGCUCAACUCUUGGCUUUAGCUCAGGUCAUGGUUUCAUGGGUCAUUUGAUGGAGCCCCACCUUGGGCUCCGUGCUUGGCGGGGGGAGUCUGUUUGACAAUCUCUCCCUCUGCCCCUCCCCACAAUCACACCUGUGCUGUCUCUCAAAUAAAUAAACUUGAAAAAUUAAAAAAAAAAAAAAACAUUAGAAAAUCUAUGUGACCUUAAAUUAGGCAGAGUUCUUACCCACAGACACCAAAAGCAUGAUCCAUUAACAGAAAAAAAUUGGUAAAUCAGUCAAUUUCUUAAACUUCUGCAGCUCAAAAACAUCAUUAAGAAAAUCCAAGACAAGCCACAGACUGGGAGGAAGUAUUUGCAAAUUAUAUUUCGGUAAAGCACUUGUAUCUAGAAUAUAUUGACUUUAGAGCUUGGGUGCCUGGAUGGCUCAGUUGGUUAAGAGAAUGCCUUCAGCUCAGGUCAUGAUCCUGGAGUCCCAAGAUCAAAUCCUGCAUCAGGAUCCCUGCUCAGCAUGAAGUCUGCUUCUCCCUCUGACCCUUCCCUCUCAUGCUCUCUCUCUAAAAUAAAAUCUUAAAAAAAAAAAAAAAA